UCAUGCCAUUUGGCCUUACGAAUGCCCCCGGCCACUUUCCAAGCGGCUAUGACAACAAAGUUCCGACACAUGCUGGAUCGAUACGUACUUAUCUACCUCGACGACAUCCUAGUGUACAGCUGGAGUUUGGAGGAGCAUGUGGAACACCUGCACAUUGUUUUGGAGCGGCUACGACAAGCCAAAUACAAAGCCAACCUCGACAAGUGCGAAUUCGCGCGACAGGAGCUAGAGUACUUGGGACACUAUGUGACACCGAAAGGCAUCCGUCCGCUUGCGGACAAGAUCGAGGCCCUACGAGUAUGGCCCGAGCCCACCAACACCACGGACGUUCGUUCAUUCAUGGGAUUGGCGGGCUACUAUCAGCGAUUCAUCACCGGAUACUUAAGGAUUGCUGCACCUAUGACGAGGUUACAGUCGCCAAAGGUGCCAUUCGUGUUCGAUGACGACGCACGCCGGUCAUUCCAAGCACUUAAGACGGCUAUGCUAAUGGCACCCGUCCUUAGCAUCUAUGACCCCACCCUGCCGACGCGAGUGACUACGGACGCUUCCGGCUAUGGCAUUGGGGCAGUCUUGGAACAACACGACGGCUACGACUGGCACCCCGUGGAGUAUUUCAGCCACAAAGUGCCUCCCAUCAACUCGCUUGAUGAUGCAAGGACGAAGGAGCUACUCGCGUUCGUCAUGGCUCUCAAGCGAUGGCGGCACUUCCUCCUUGGGCGUCGUAGGUUCACAUGGGUUACAGACAACAAUCCAUUGACCUACUACAAGACGCAGGAUACGGUGAGCAGCACGAUCGGACGAUGGAUGUACUUCAUCGACCAGUUUGACUUCACACCGAAACAUCUUCCCGGCCUCUCAAAUCGCGCAGCAGAUGCACUCUCGCGAAGACCUGAUCUUUGCGCUAUGACACAUCAUGCCUUCGCAUUCGACGAGGAGCUUCAACGACACUUCAUCCGGGGAUAUGAGUCUGAUCCGGACUUCGCCACGCUGUACGCACAGCUAUCUUUGGAUCACCCGCCGGCCAGCCACUAUCGCAUCGCCGACGGAUACUUGCUCCUCCACUCGAGAGGCAAGGACUUAUUGUGCGUCCCACGCGACCGUCGUCUUCGGACUCGCCUCCUCGGCGAGUACCAUGAUUCACGACUCGCCAGCCAUUUCGGAGUCAACCGCACUAUUGCACGGCUUCGACAACGAUUCCGAUGGCCCGACCUCAUUACCGAUGUCACUCGGUAUUGCGACUCUUGCGAAGUUUGUCGACGUAGCAAGCCCCACAACUGCAAUCCCUACGGCGAGUUACACCCGAUGCCUAUCCCACGGGAACCCGGUCUCUCCAUUGCCAUGGACGUCACCGGUCCGUUUCCUCRYGACCGGCUCGGGCACGACGGCAUCCUCACRGUUGUGGACCGAUUGAGUAAGUACGCGSGUUUUCUCCCUUGCAAGUACUACUCCACGGCUCCCGAGCUGGCACGCCUCCUGCACACUGGUUGGAUUUGCGGCCACGGUGUACCAGAAGACAUUGUCAGCGACCGCGACACUCGUUUCAUGUCGACGUUUUGGACUGCUCUCAUGCAGGAGUCCGRCACAACAAUAAAACCAAGUUCGGCUCGGCAUCCUCGGACAGAUGGGCAGACGGAGCGGGCACAUCAAACCGCUCAAAUGAUGCUUCGUACGCUCAUCCGUCCGGACCAGAAAGAUUGGGUUGACCGCCUCCUCGACAUCGAGUUCGCCUACAACACUUCGGUGUAUCUGGCGAUCGGCGCAACUCCAUUCGAGUUGCACCACGGUGGACGAAAAGGCCGGAUUUUCGCCGACCUUCUCCUCCCUCGACCAGCCGACAUUGACGCUGCCUACUCUCCAGCUUCCAUCCGGAAGUACAGGGAAUUGUUGACUCAAGCCCGCGCAAAUAUGCAAAAGGCUCAAGUCCGCAGGCAGCAGCAAGCCAACAGGCGUCGCGUACCAUUUCCCAUCCGCGCCGGUGAUCUGGUUUGGGUCUCCGCGGAAGAGUUUGCACUGGAACAAGACGUUUCAUGCAAACUGCUUCCCAAGUGGUUUGGACCUUGGUCUGUGACAGCAGCCGCGGGCAAUGAGCCUGAUGGCCCUUCAUUUGUGAUCAACAUUCCAGAGCAUCUGACGGUCCAUCCGGUCUUCCAUGCCUCGAAGCUGGCAACAUACACACCAGCCAAGAGCGACGACUUUCCGAGCCGACGAUCGGAGGACCCUCCUUCCAUGGAUGGCCAUCAGGAAGUUGACCGCGUCAUCACCGAUCGCAAGUAUGGCAGCAAGCCACGACAGUACAAAGUCACAUUCAAAGCAUGCGAUCGCAACGACACUCGUGAGACACAGACUUACAGGCGUACAGGGGAAAAGGCAGAAAAACGACAAAACUACGGGUCCUAGUAGUCUUAAAAAGGGCAGACUUACAGGCCUAAAGACAACAGGGAACCCAGCAAAUGGCAGGUCGAGGGAUCAGGUCCUGUGGGGCUAAAAAAAAGCAUGAAAACAAACAAACAGCCAAACAGUUG